UAAAGUGUUUGUUCCUACCCGGACGUCAAAGGUUGUUGCACAGUGAAUACAUUUUCGUUACGUUCCCGUUUUCCAAUGGAUUGACAUCAGCCAUCAGAGAUGCUGCUGAAAGAUCUGCCCAGGGAGGCCCUGAUGCGGCCGUUGUCUAGGAAUGAAGUGGUUGGCAUGUUGUUCAGGUUGACCGUCUUUGGUGCCGCCACGUACUACAGCAUCAAAUGGGUCUUAGAUGCAAUGGAUCCUACCUCCAAACAGAAAAACCAAGCCAAGAAGAGGGCAGAGCAGCUGAUGAAGAGGAUUGGUGUUGAGGGGGUCAGACUUACAGAAUAUGAGAUGAACAUUGCAUCUCAUCUAGUUGAUCCACAAACUAUGAAGGUAUCCUGGAGAGAUAUUGCAGGUCUGGAUGAAGUUAUCAAUGAGCUUCAAGAUACAGUCAUCCUGCCCUUUCAGAAGAGACACCUUAUGGCGAAUUCCAAACUAUUUCAGCCUCCCAAAGGUGUUUUAUUAUUCGGUCCUCCGGGCUGCGGUAAGACUAUGAUUGCCAAGGCAACUGCCAGAGCGUCGGGAUGCAGGUUUAUCAACCUUCAGGCCUCCACGCUGACUGACAUGUGGUACGGCGAGUCACAAAAGCUGACUGCGGCAGUCUUCUCGUUAGCUGUCAAAAUUCAGCCUUGUAUUAUCUUCAUCGAUGAGAUUGAAUCAUUUCUAAGGAAUCGCUCCAGCAUGGACCACGAGGCCACAGCCAUGAUGAAAGCCCAGUUCAUGAGCCUAUGGGAUGGCCUGGACACCUCAUCAACCACCCAGGUUAUGGUGAUGGGAGCCACGAACAGGCCGCAGGACCUGGAUCCAGCCAUUCUCCGCAGGAUGCCCACAACUUUUCAUAUCGGCUUGCCGAACACAAGGCAGAGAGAAGACAUCCUGAGACUCAUCUUGGCAGGAGAAAACCUGAGCAACGCAAUAAAUCUGAAGGAGAUUGCUGAGAAAACAGAAGGCUACUCUGGGAGUGACCUCCGGGAGCUCUGCCGCGACGCUGCCAUGUACCGAGUACGGGACUAUGUCCGCAAGGAGCAGAUGAGGCAGAUCGCUCAGCAGCUGCAGGACUGCCAGGAGGAGGAAAGACCUGUGGAUGAGGAGCGGUUGCGACCAGUCACUCAGCUGGACCUCCUCUUCGGCCUGGACAAGAUGAAGGAAUCAAAGAAAGCCACAACCUUCAUGCUACCCAUCGUAUCAGAGGUUGCUCUGGAUUAAACACCAUCUCUGGACCACUGAGGAAAAGCGAAUUCUUCCAAGCUCUGUCCGCAGUGCGUUCCAACUUGCCAAGCUGAGACUCUGAGAGUGUUAGAGGUGUAGUUGAAAAAGGCAGCAGACAGACAUGCUUUUCUUAAACCUAGUUUCCCAGACAGGGAGUUAUUCUGAGCAUGCUUAUCUUAAAGGACACACGUCAUGUGUAUAGUUACAACAUAUUUAGAGUCAUGAGGUCAGUCUCCUUUGAAAAGCACGCAAGGGCACUGUGACAGCUUGUUUCAGAAGAAUACAAAGCAAAGACCAUUUUAAAAUCACCAAAUGAUCCUACCUGCUGUAAAGGAUUCAUACAUAACCCUACCACUGACCUCCAUAUGAUGAUGAUGUUUGGGAACUUCACUGUGUGUUUUCAGAUGAAGGUAAUCCUUCGAGUUCCAAGUCAGCUUUUACACCAAUCUUUGAUUUUUGGGGGAGUGAAAAAAAGCAACCAUCUAAAUCACUGUACAGUCAUAUUAUCCCAACACUCUGGAAGGAACAUUUCAGCUUCACUUUGAUGCUGUUGAGUCACACACAGCGCAUGCUCUGCAAAAGUUCUUAUAUGAUAGCAAAGUGUCCAGCAAACACUAGGAAUUUUAGCCUCAGGAGUAGCAGUGUCCAGAGAAAGAGGCGGGGUCGGACAGUUGUGCACGCUCUACUGCAUUACUCUUUAAAACAGAAGAUUUACGUUUUACUGUUGGAAAUCAAUUCCACUUCCAUUUUGCAACCUGUGUUGUCUUUAUUGAUCCCUGUCAGAUGAUAAUGGAAGUAACUGUCACUUUGUUUUGGUUGAUGUACUCAUAUUUCACAUUUUAUUUUCCAAUGGCGAAUUAACUUUUUUUGUUGUGG